AUGACCCAACCAACAGAUGGAGAUUUAUCAAAUAAUAACCCCAAUCAUGACAAUACUAGUAUCAUAAAAGAAACAAAUCCAGAUAAUUGUAAUAAUAAUAAUAAUAAUAAUAAUAAUAAUAAUAAUAAUAAUAAUAUUAAUAUUAAUAGAAAUAUAAAUGAUUUAAAUUCUUCACCAAAUAUUAUGAAUACAGAUAAUUCAGAUAAUGAAACAAACAAUAGCUAUUGUGGUAAUAAAAAACAAAAAAAACAAGAUAAAGAAUUUCAAUUUUUUUUAAAUUUUCAAAAUAAUUUAUUGAUCCAAAGAAACGAAAAUCUAAUUUCUGAAAUUAAUAAACUAAAAGAGCAAUUAAAUAAAUUUAAUAAUAAUGCAGAUAAUAAUAUAGGUAGCAGUAUAGAUAACAAUAAUAAUAACAAUAAUAAUAAUAAUAAUAAUAAUAAUAAUAAUAAUAAUAAUAAUAAUAAUAAUAACAAUAAAAAUGAAACCCAUUACCCUGAAAGCUAUGAAGGUUUUAUCAGAUAUUUUAGAGAAUUGGACUCAAAUUCAAAAGAAAGUAACAUUAAGGCUGAAAAAAAAGAACAAAAUUUCAAAAAUACUUCAAAUGUAACAGCAACAGAAAUUGAAGAUAUUGAUUCAAAAGAAAAUGCAUUCGAUUAUAUUUUAAAUAAAGAAAUGUUCCAAGGCCCACUUAAAAACAAGGCCAUGCUAUCUGUGCCCAGAAACUGUUAUGUUUGUAAAAAAAAUUAUCGAACAAUUCAUCAUUUUUAUCAUCGACUGUGCACAACCUGUGGGGACUUUAAUUACGAAAAAAGAUUUGAAACACACGAUCUUACUGGUCGUGUAGCAUUAGUUACUGGUGGUAGAAUUAAAAUUGGCUACGCAACGGCACUAAAACUUUUAAGAUCUGGAGCAACGGUAUUAGUAACUAGUAGAUUCCCAAAAGAUGCUGCUAUUCGUUUCACUCUCGAAAAAGAUUUUAAAGAUUGGUCCAAUCGUUUACAUAUCUAUGCAAUAAAUCUAGCAAACUUACAAUCAUUAGAAUUGUUUUGCUCGGCUAUUAAAAUCAAAUUCCCAUCGAUCAACAUUAUCAUUAACAAUGCUGCCCAAACUGUUAAAAGACCCUCAAAAUACUAUUUACCUCAAUUACUAGUCGAAUCAAAACCCCUCGAAUCAUUACCAAAACAGUGCUUACCAUUGCUUAAACAUUUUGAAGAGAUUAAAAAAGAAUAUUUAGAUAACAAUGGUAUAGUCGAUCAAGAUAUUUUAGGUCUUAAUUACAGCAAUACAGGUUUUCAAUUACUACAACAUGUUGAUACCAACAACAAACCAUUAUCGCCAAAUAGUAGUCACAAUAACCUCGAACAGCAAAAUGAUCAGCUUGAUAAUCAACUAAUAGAUUUGGAAAACUUUGAUAAAGAUGGUCAACCACUUGACCAUAGAAGCAAAACGUCAUGGGUGCAAACAUUUGAUGAAGUACCAAUAAUCGAACUUUUAGAAACCCAUGCCAUCAGUAGUUUUUCACCAUUCCUACUCGUAUCAAGGUUGUACCAAAAUUUGAUAGAAUCUGUAAAGGAACAUAAAAAUGCUUUUGUUAUAAAUGUUAGUGCAAUGGAAGGUAGCUUUGAACGUCGAUACAAAUCACCAUAUCAUCCACACACAAACAUGGCCAAAGCAUCACAAAACAUGUUAACCAGGACCUCCUCCUUACAACUUGCCGUCAAGGAUAUCUAUAUGAAUAGCUGCGAUACUGGCUGGGUAACAUUCGAAUCCCCAGACAACAAAAACGAACUAUCACAAACUCCAAUUGACGAACUUGAUGGUGCAUCGCGUGUAUUAGAUCCAAUUAUCUCAGGUUUAAAAAACAACUUAUUGUCAUUUGGUCAAUUCUAUAAAGACUACAAAAGCUCCUAUUGGUAA